CAAGGGACACCAUAGCAAUGGGGUCACGUGAUACCAGAGGCAAUAAGAAAGCAUAGAGUCACUGCGACUAUAAUCCAAGAACAACAUGCCAGCCCUGACGCCAGACAGAUGCCCAGUUGCUCUCUCUCUCUCUCACUCCCCCUCCCACUCAAUCACUCUCGCUCUCGUUCUCUCUCUAAUUCACCCAGCUGAAUAGUUUCAUUCCAGAAAGAAAUUAACCGGUGUGCUGUCACACUGCAGCUGUUGAGCAGCCCCUGGCCUAGCUAGAUGUAUGUGUGUGUACGGACUUGACCGUCUUGCUGAAUGUGUGUUUGUGUUUAUUGGGACUGGGGGUUAAGACCCUCCUCUUAUAGGGCUAGUGUUUUUGCGGACUAGGGAUUUGAGACCCUCGCCACGUCACGCUGAGGGGGUUGUCUGUGUGUGUGUGGAGAGGGGUUAUUCUGUGUGUGUGCGUGGGACCUAGCGCCAAGCUGGCGGAGGGCGAGGACUACGAUUGCUGGGAUCAGAUGAUCCAUCUUCAGCUGACCAGCUCAGGGGACUGGCCAGCACCAUGUGACUCCCAGCGGGUGGAGAUGCCCAGGAGAGAGAUGGAGGUGGUGAAGGGUCAGAUGGUGGUCCUGCAGGCCUGGUACAGCCCCACAUCUGAUAUCGGCAGGAACAGUGUCAUCUGGAACUUCAUGGCCAACGACUCCAAGCAGGUCAUCUCCUACAGUAACGGUGAGCCAGGGAUAGGUAGUCCUGAGUUCAGGAAGCGUGUUGGGUUCAGCCUGUCCAUGCCCUCGGCCAAUCUCUCCAUCUACAUCAACAACACCCAGGAGUCAGACUCGGGACGAUACUUCUGCAAUGUCAUCAUCCCUGGAGCCGCCGGACUCUCUGGAGAAAUGCGCCUUAAUGUCAAAGUCCCUCCCUCGCCUCCAGUGUGCUUGAUGACUGGGUCAUCUGUGCUGAACGGCAACGUGACACUGAGCUGUAAGUCCAGCUCGGGCAAACCCAUCCCUCAGUACAAGUGGACCAAGAAUGCCCCCAUGUCAGAGGUCUUCUUUUCCCCCAUGCAGAAUGAGAGGCAAGGCACCCUCAGGCUGAGUAACCUCACUAAGAGCAUGUCAGGGAAAUAUGUGUGCCGAGCUAGCAACACUGCCGGCUCUGACACUUGCUCUAUCAACCUGGAGGUCUUCACCUCCUCUAAUGCUGGAGCGAUUGUUGCUGCUACUCUGGGGUCCAUCGUGGCACUGGUAGCCAUCAUACUCUUCCUCAUCUUCAUACUGAGGAGGAGAGACCACGAAGAGGAGGAGCUAGCCAAUGAUAUCAAGGAGGAUGCCCAGGCACCCAAGCGUGUUUCCUGGGCAAAGAGCGGCACAGGCUCAGACAUUCUCUCCAAAAAUGGCACGCUGUCCUCCAUAGCCACGAGCCCGCAUCUACGAGACCCCCAGCAGCCCAACAACUUCCGCUACCCUUACCCCACUGCUCCGGCCUCUGACACAGGCUCUGUGCUCAACGCCUACCGCCUUCGGCCUGGAGAGCCCAACCCCCUGCAGGGCCUCCCAGGGUACAUCAGUGGCACACCUCCACCCAGGCACACCAGACCCCUCUGUGUUGCAAACAACAUUGAUGCCACCUCUCCACACAGGAACAGUCGACCCCCCAGUUCGAACCACAUCAGUGGGACUCUACCCCCUGGCCUUACCCGGCCCCUCAGCACUAGUAUCAUUGUUGACACCCCUCCCCAUGGGUUCAGUCAACCCCCCAGUCCUAACCAUGUUGGUGUCACCUCUCCACAUGGGCACAGCAGACCCACUAGUUCUAACAACAUUGGUACCCCCUCCCCAUAUGGGAACAGUCAACCCCCAAGUUCUAACAAUAUCGGUGCCCCCUCUCCACAUGUGCACAGCAGACCACCAAGCUCGAACCACAUUGGCGGUAGCGCUCCACACAGGCACAGUCGACCUCCCAGUUCCAAGCACAGUCGACCCCCCAGUUCCAACCACAGCCGACCUCCCAGCAUCAGUAGCAUUCCUCACUAUGGACACAGCAGAACCUCCAGUUCCAAUGAUGCCCCACCCGGCCACAUGGUCACAGACCCCGACAAGACUGAGAGGGCCCAGCCCCAGGUGCCACGCCCUCUCACCUCGCCAAUCAGUUCCACCACCCUGGCCCGUAUAGGUGCUGUGCCCGUCAUGGUGCCCGCUCAGAGCCAGGCUGGAUCACUGGUAUAGCCCACUGGAGUGUCUCACGUUUUACUUUUGAACACAAACUGAAGCAAAUGAAUAAAGACUUCCUCAAAGGAAGACUGUAUAGAGAAGGAUUUGCUACAAAUUAAAAUCACUUUUUUUAUUGCAGUUGUUCAAAGUAGAAUGAAGAACUCAUGCUAAAGAAGACAAAUGAGAAAAUAUGACACUUGUGGAAUCUACACUAUUCAAGUCUGCACAAGUUAAGACUUGUUUUAUUAUUUUUGUUGUUUUCAAAUGCCAUGAUCAGAUUAUUUAAGGUUAAAACAACAACAUUUAACAUUUAAGGUUAAAAAAUAUUUGUGAACAAGUUGUUUGUGAAUCCAUAUAUUUGACAGUUUUGACUUAGUCGUGGCCAAAAGUUUUGAGAAUGACACAAAUAUUAAUUUCCAAAGUUUGCUGCGUCAGUGUCUUUAGAUAUUUUUGUCAGAUGUUACUAUGGAAUACUGCAGUAUAAUUACAAGCAUUUCAUAAGUGUCAAAGGCUUUUAUUGACAAUUACAGGAAGUUGAUGCAAAGAGUCAAUAUGUGCAGUGUUGACCAUUCUUUUUCAGGACCUCUGCAAUCCGCCCUGGCAUGCUGUCAAUUAACUUCUGGGCCACAUCCUGACUGAUGGCAGCCUAUUCUGCAAUAAUCAAUGUUUGGAGUUUGUUAUAAUUUGUGGAUUUUUAUUUGUCCACCCGCCUCUUGAGGAUUGACCACAAGUUCUCAAUGGGAUUAAGGUCUGAGGAGUUUCCUGGCCAUGGACCCAAAAUAUCGAUGUUUUGUUCCCCGAGCCACUUAGUUAUCACAUUUGCCUUAUGGCAAGGUGCUCCAUCAUGCUGGAAAAGGCAUUGUUCGUCACCAAACUGUUCCUGGAUGGUUGGGAGAAGUUGCUCUCGGAGGAUGUGUUGGUACUAUUCUUUAUUCAUGGCUGUGUUCUUAGGCAUAAUUGUGAGUGAGCCCACUCCCUUGGCUGAGAAGCAACCCCACACAUGAAGGGUCUCAGGAUGCUUUACUGUUGGCAUGACACAGGACUGACGGUAGCGCUCACCUGGUCUUCUCCGGACAAGCUUUUUUUCCAGAUGCCCCAAACAAUCGGAAAGGGGAUUCAUCAGAGAAAAUGACUUUACCCCAGUUCUCAGCAGUCCAAUCCCUGUACCUUUUGCAGAAUAUCAGUCUGUCCCUGAUGUUGUUCCUGGAGAGAAGUGGCUUCUUUGCUGCCCUUCUUGACACCAGGCUAUCCUCCAAAAUUCUUCGCCUCACUGUGCGUGCAGAUUAGAGGUCGACCGAUUUAUGAUUUUUCAACGCCGAUACCGAUUAUUGGACGACCAAAAAAAGCCACUACCGAUUAAUCAGCCGAUUUUUACUUUUUUAAUUUGUAAUAAUGACAAUUACAACAAUACUGAAUGAACACUUAUUUUAACUUAAUAUAAUACAUCAAAAUCAAUUUAGCCUCAAAUAAAUACUGAAACAUGUUCAAUUUGGUUUAAAUAAUGCAAAAACAAAGUGUUGGGGAAGAAAGUAAAAGUGCAAUAUGUGCUAUGUAAGAAAGCUAACGUUUCAGUUCCUUGCUCAGAACAUAUGAAAGCUGGUGGUUCCUUUUAACAUGAGUCUUCAAUAUUCCCAGUUAAGAAGUUUUAGGUUGUUGUUAUUAUAGGAAUUAUAGGACUAUUUCCCUCUAUAUCAUUUGUAUUUCAUUAACCUUUGACUAUUGGAUGUUCUUAUAGGCACUUUAGUAUUGCAAGUGUAACAGUAUUGCUUCCGUCCCUCUCCUUGCUCCUCCCUGGGCUCGAACCAGCAACACAACGACAACAGCCACCAUCGAAGCAGCGUUACCCAUGCAGAGCAAUGCCUAGUUAAAUAAAGGUAUAAAAAAAUAAUUAGAUAUUUUUUAAAUCGGCGCCCAAAAAUACCAAUUUCCGAUUGUUAUGAAAACUUGAAAUCGGCCAUUCCGAUUAAUCGGUCGACCUCUAGUGCAGAUGCACUCACACCUGCCUGCUGCCAUUCCUGAGCAAGCUCUGUACUGGUGGUGCCCCGAUCCCACAGCUGAAUCAACUGUAAGAGACGCUUGCUGGACUUUCUUGGGCGCCCUGAAGCCUUCUUCACAACAAUUGAACCGCUCUCCUUGAAGUUCUUGAUGAUCUGAUAAAUGGUUGAUUUAGGUGCAGUCUUACUGGCAGCAAUACCCUUGCCUGUGAAGCCCUUUUUGUGCUUCCUUGCAGGUAACCAUGAUUGACAGAGGAAGAACAAUGAUUCCAAGCACCACCCUCCAGUCUGUUAUUCGAACUCAAUCCGCAUGACAGAGUGAUCUCCAGCCUUGUCCUCAUCAACACUCACACCUGCGUUAACGAGAGAAUCACUGACAUGUCAGGUGGUCCUUUUGUGGCAGGGCUGAAAUGCAGUGGAAAUGUUUUGGGGGGAUUCAGGGACUUUGCAAUUAAUUGCAAUUCAUCUGAUCACUUUUCAUAACAUUCUGGAGUAUAUGCAAAUUGGCAUCAUACAAACUCAGGCAGCAGAAUUUGUGAAAAUUAAUAUUUGUGUCACUGAACUUUUGGCCAUGACUUUAUAUACGCCAGUUACAACAAUUGACGAGGGUUUGCCUGGAGAGAAUGUGUGCUCAUCAACUCACACCAUCAUGUUGACACUAAGCACAUUACUGCUCUUAGAAAUGUAAAGCAUUCUUCUCAGGCCAACUGUUCAUGUGGAGUUGUGAUCACCCCAGUAGAACAGGCCAUUUUAUAGAAUUUCAAUACUGGAAAUGUUUAAAGACAAAGUGUCGACCCAUACUUGUAUCUAAUAAGAAUGACUUACAGAAUAUUUGUGGUUUUAUGACAUUUAUGUACACAGAGAAUAUCACUAAUCUCAAUUAGGUAGCUGGAACGUAUAAUUUGUCAAUGACUGAGAUCUGGGUUUUAAAUACUCUUCCCUUAACGGCUAAAGGUCUAGUGCAGUCAAUCGUGAGUUCCUGUGUUUUGAGGUUGGAAUACCGCGAAAUUAUAAUGGCCAUUUAGUUUGAGAAAUUGGUCAUUGUUUUCAAUAAAAAAUUUGCAACAUCA